AUGCUAGAGUUCGUGGUUAAUGGCACUGGCAUUCCUGAAGUUAACUUUGAUAUCGGCGAGUCCUAUGCGGGAUACUUGCCCAACACCCCCUCCGGGAACUCCAGUCUAUUCUUCUGGUAUUUUCGCACGACGAAUGCAGCUGCUGGCGAUGAAAUCACGAUAUGGCUCAAUGGGGGACCGGGAUGCAGUUCCCUGGCCGGAUUAAUUCAAGAAAAUGGCCCAUUUCUCUGGCAACCUGGGACAUAUGCGCCCAUCCAGAACCCCUAUUCCUGGACCAACUUGACGAAUAUUGUUUACGUGGACCAUCCAGCCGGAACUGGAAUGUCACCUGGGCCAUCUACCGUCAAAGAUGAGACUGACAUCGCUCGUCAGUUCAUGGACUUUUGGGUCCGGUUUGUCGACACUUUCGAGUUGUGGAACCGGAGAGUCUAUUUAGCUGGUGAGAGCUACGCUGGGCAGUAUAUACCAUAUAUCGCGUCGGCAAUGUUGGAUGAACAGAAUUCAACGUAUUUUAAUGUCUCUGGCAUUCUUAUGUUUGAUCCUUCGAUUAAUUCUCGUACUGUUUUAAGCCAUGCGCCUGCCGUCCUUGCCAUGAAGCAUUUCAGGCAUAUUUUAGCACUCAACGACACUUUCAUAUCCGAGAUUGAAGAAAGAGCACAACACUGUGGCUAUACCGCAUUUAUGGAGCAGGCACUUCGAUUUCCACCAGAUGGCAUUCUUCAGCCGGCCCCAACCCACGAGAGGCCGGGUUGCGAUAUAUGGAAUUCAAUAGUGAAAGCGGAGUAUUACGUGAACCCCUGUUUCAAUUACUACCAUAUUGUUGAAUUCUGCCCAUACCUGUGGAAUGUGAUGGGGUUCCCAGUAUCCGACGCAGGAAAGGGACCAGAUAACUACUUCAACCGAAGUGACGUACAAAAAGCAAUAAAUGCGUACCCGACGGACUACCAGACCUGCGGCAAAAUGACUAUCUUUCAGGGCGAGGACGCCAAAGACCAGUCUGUCCCGAGCGGACUUGGCCCCCUUCCCAGUGUGAUUGAACGGACGAACAACACGGUAAUCGCUCAUGGCCUGCUGGACUUCCUUCUCCUUGCAAACGGCACUCUUGCUACUAUUCAGAACAUGACUUGGAGUGACGUCCAAGGCUUUCAGAAUCGGCCUUCUGACCCCUUCUUUGUUCCUUACCAUCCCUGGUGGUACGAGGAGUGGGAGAGUACCAAUAAAAUGCCGCCAUUCACCAGAAUCGCGGGCUCGGGGAUACUGGGAACUUCACACACAGAACGUGGUCUGACUUUUGCGUCAGUUGAUCUCGCUGGUCACCAAGUUCCCCAAUACAGUCCAGGUGCAGCUUACAGGCUGAUGGAAUUCCUUCUCGGGCGUAUCUCAAACUUGUCGGAGAUAACGGACAGCUUUACGACGGGGACUGGGUGA